CUACCCAGUCGCAGGGUACCCAUCCCCCAGCACAGUGCAAGGGAAGUGCUGGGAGUGGGGUGUGCCAGCUGACAUGUGGGGCAGGAAGGACCUGCUGUGGGGCUGGGACAACGCAAAACUUAAAAAAGAGGAAGCCCUCAAGUGCCCCAGCCCAGUGCAGCAGUACCCAGGCAGACACAUCUGGCACCUCGCACACCUCCAUCACAGUGUCAGCUCUGUCACCCGAUGAGGUGACAGCCAACCCACCAGCAUGCCCUGGGCAUUGCCGCUGCGAUGGUCACCAUGGGGCCGGCCUGGCAUGAAGGCCUUGGUCACUGCUGGUGUGUUUGUAACCACCCUCUGGAACCUCAGGUUAUUCCUCAACCCCUCCAAGGGUUCUGGAGAAGACUCUAAACACAGGGAGCCAUUGAUGAUCCUGGUGUGGGAAUGGCCCUCCAAGCAGGUCCCCAACAUCAGCAGAGACGUGUGCCACGAGCUGUACAGCAUCACAGGCUGCCAGCUCACCACAGAGCAGCAGCUCCUGCACCAGGCCGAUGUGGUGGUGUUCCCCCACUCCAGACUCCAGCCUGGCCGGGACAAACUGCCCAAGGAGAGGCUGCCGGGGCAGAACUGGGUGUGGGUCUCCCUGGAGUCCCCCUCCAACACUAGAGCUCUAGCAGCAUGGAACCAGACCUUCAACUGGGUGAUGACCUACAGACAGGAUUCGGACAUCUUCAUCCCCUAUGGCAAGCUUGUGCCCAACCAGUCAGCCACCGUGAACAUCCCUGCAAAGACCAACUUGGUGUCCUGGGUUAUCAGCAACUACCACAGGACUCAGAAAAGAGCUGAAGUCUACAAAAACCUCUCCAGGUACCUCCAUGUGAAUAUAUAUGGGAAAGCAAACAACAAGCCCCUCUGCAAGGACUGCCUCUUGCCAACAAUAUCCAAGUCUAAGUUCUACUUGGCCUUUGAGAACUCCAUCCACCGGGACUACAUCACAGAGAAACUGUGGAGGAACUCCCUGCUGGCUGGCACCGUGCCUGUGGUGCUGGGGCCGCCCAGGGCCAACUACGAGCAGUUUGUUCCUGCAGACUCCUUCAUCCAUGUCAACGACUUUGACUCCCUAGAGGAGCUGGCCACCUUCCUGAAGACCAUGAACCCCAGCCGCUACCGGCAGUUCUUUGCCUGGCAGAAGAGGUUCAGCGUGAAGCUCUACACUGACUGGAGGGAGCGGAUCUGUGCCAUCUGCACAGCCUACCCCGAACUGCCCCAUGGCCACCUCUAUCCUGACCUGCAGAGCUGGUUCAACUCCUAGUGCACGCUGGGACCCUUGGGAUAGAUGCAGGCAGGGGUGGGAGGUGAUGCACCCACCUGCACACAGGAUGUGGAGCAAGUACGGGAGCCCCCACUCUCCUCCCAACCCAGCUGUUGCCACACUGCGACUUCAAGCAACUGCCCCUGACUUCAUUUCUUGUGAAACAGGACUUAUCACCCCAACCCAACACUGAACACCUUGCCAGGGUGCUGGCAGGACCAGAGGGUGCUUUGGAAAUAAGUGCCACAGUGCUGCUGUGCAUGGAGUGCGGGCAGGCCAGGGGUGUGGUGGGUGGCUCAGGGCUCCCCAACCUUCCCCUGUGAUCUUCAAUGUCCCCCCAGCACCUUCUGCUGAGUGUCAAAGUCCUGGCAGCAGAGGCCCUGUGGUGACAUUUGUAGCUGGACUGGAGGAGUGGAGGUCAGCCCGGGGUGGGGUGGGGGGGUGUUCCAUUAACCCAUGGCCAGGGAGGAAGGACAGAAUCUGCUCCCCCUCUUCCUGGCAGCACCCAUUUCCUGUCCCCCACCCCUGAGCCAUGAGUGUCACUGUGCCAGUGAGGAGCCACAGGACAGCAGAUACUCUCAGAGCAAUCUCAGUGCUGCCAGGCAGGCAAAGGGAUGCUGUGGUUUGUCACUCUCCCUGCUGUGACAGGAAACCAGUGAGCUUACAGCAUCUGGAGGCUUGCACAACUCCGAAGCAAAGCCAGUCCCGUGAGCAACUUGCACAUGCCCAACAUUGCACUGGGGAAACCCUGCACCAAGGUCACCCUGUACUGUACACAGAGGGCACCCUGCACCGCAGCCAUUCCAAGAGGAAGUACACAUCUGGGAUCAGUGGUGACAUUAGGGUUGAGUGACAAGACCAGGAGUAAGACAUGACUGCUCCAUCUGUGCCUUGCUCUUUUGCCCCUCUACUCUGUGCCAUCAACUCAUUUGAUAUAAACAACUCUUUUUGUCGCAAGUUUCCUUUCUAGUUUUCUUCCCUGAAGAAACCAAACCCCACCCACUUCUGCCACCCUGUGAGCUGCCGGGUGCCCAGCAGGACUGAGAAUUGGCAGAGUGGACAUCCCUCCCCGGCACAGCCCUGGUGAGGUAGCAGGACAGGCACACUGUGCUAUUCUGACUUCUGUGGCUUCUGAUUUCCGCUUCGUUGUUUUCUGGGUCAGCCUGAAGUGGAACAGGAGGGGCCUGUGGGUACCCACAAACAGAUGCUGGGUAUUCAUGGGCAAAG